UAAUCAAAUAAACUCUAAAAUAUUGUUGUUACGCCAAUUCAGAGUCAUACAAAAAAAUACUUCAAAACUAUUUCAUGGAAGAACGUUUUUUGGAGGAGUUGGAAUGGAGGCUGUAUUAGCGUUCCCUCGAAAAGUCUCCCGGAAAAUUUAUCAACUCUGAAGCCAAUUUAUUUUUCAUAAAGGUUGCGCUAUUCGCUAUAUUCAAGUACUUCUGAUACUAGCUGGCCAGCCGAUUCAUGUUCAGGAGCCAGAGAUAUGGCCUGGGAAAGUCAUGUGUGUCCUCAUAAGGAUUUUUAAGCUUUUUCUAGAUCAAUAUAAGAUACGAAGCAAUAAUUCGGGAUACUAGUUCCAGUGUUUCUUGCACAUACAUUUCGUCUCUACUUCCCCUCUCCUUGAUUUCUGUUCAAGGAUUUUCCAGGAUGAAAUUAUUUUCACAGCGACAGUUUAUGAAGUCAUCCAAAAUAAUGUCGAAUCUCGCUGUUCCCACUACUUCUUUGUUCUAGUCAUUGGUAAUUUCUUACAUUUUUGGCCAUUUUUUCGGUAACAUUUGGACUUUUAACAAGUUUGAUGUCACCAGAGGUCUCUUGCCUAUAGUCACACGAAAAGGCAGCUCUCUAACAACCGCAUACACCUCGCUUACAAAUUUAGGAAGCUUACACAGUGUCUGUCUGCAAAUUUCUGUAUUCGUACGCUAGAGUGUGGAUGUUGCUGGUGGGACGUACUUGUCGUGGCCGGAAAAUAAAUGUUUUUACAAAGGGAAAGCCGUUUCAACUCACGUUUGUGUUCGACUACAAUUCGGACGAUUCACAAUUCGGUACAAUUUAACCUGAUGUUACUGUGAUUUUAAGUACGAACUGAAACGAUUGAAACGCGUAUUGAGCAUUCCUUCACAGGACCGUCAAUGAUUGACGCUGUCGGCAAGUCGAUCUUCUGUCACUUCACACAAACAAUAUUUUAAUGGACAUUGUGAUCAAAACGUUCCCAACAAAUUGUUUGAUUUUUAAAUUUCGUAUCUCAAAAGACCGCCUCGACGCCGACGGCAGUGCCAUCGUUGAUUUUUGCGAGAGUUCCCCUACAAAAUUUUUCCCCGUCAUAACAGCUUGUUAUUAUUGUGUAUACCCGCAGCAUAAAGACGUAUAAAUGUGAACUACCUCCGAAAAACUGUCUUAUCCGUCCUUAUCAUAUAUACAUAUCCUUAACACGCGCAUGAGCAGCGUGAAAAGACUCUAAUGGCAGAUACAAAAAUAUUAUAAGUGAGGCAAAGGAAAACGAAGACGAGUUUCUUUACCUUCAAAACCACGGACACAAUGAAAAUCGUGCAGGGGAAUUAAAAACUAGUUAUGCUAAUUCAGAAAAUGUUAUUGGUUGUUUCUAUGUUGACGCUAAUAAAUUCAGUUUAUCCACAAUCCCUAACAAACACCGUACACAAGACCCAAGCAGCUGCAGAAAAACACAACGAUAUGUGGUGCUAUUCGUGUCAUUCAAUGGAGGACGGCGAUAUUUGCAUAGACAAUAUAACAGCCAACUAUUCCAGUUUCAUGAAGAAGUGCAAAGACGAAGAAUUCAUUUGCAUGGUAAAGAAAUUUUCGUACACAACCAGCACAGAGAAUUCAACGUCCAGUCCGAAAAUGUGGUCGCUGGAACGGAAAUGUUCGGCCCACUGUGAAAAUGGAUGCAUCGUCAUCGGUGAACGGACGAAACUGUAUGCGUGCACCUCGUGUUGCAACACAUCGUAUUGCAAUUCGGGUAAGGGUAAAGGUGUUAAAACGAUCGCCAAACUGUUACCCUACAUAUCCGUGUUUUGUGUUCAAUUUCUGAUGUUUAUUUUGAUACUGUAAAGUUGUAUUCAUGCGUGCGGUACGUAAUACACAAAAAGGACAUCAGACAACUGAGGAGACGGCCCUUAUCGAUAAACGGGAAUCACUAAACUUGCUUUAUAAAAUAACGCAAAAAUUAAAUUUUCUUUAAGUAAAACUUGGUGGUUAUAGUAUUUCCAAACGCAAUUCUUUUUAGAGUAUGUAAGAGGCAUAUCGCCAAAACUUCAGGUGAUUGGGGAGCAAGCGGUCUCCGAUUUUAAAGAGUGAUGGCCCGUUGGAUUCGAGUUUCAAUUCUAGGAAUCUUUCAUUUUUUCGAAUAAUUUUUUUAUUUCUGUGAAAAGCGUUCAAAAGUGAGGGCAUGUCAGAGGGUCUCGAAAAGAGUUUUUAUCGGUAAUAACUCAAGAAAAAAUUAUUUUAAAUUAUUGUAAUGUUGUACUAACGUCGGCCUUGGAAAGACCUACAGGUCUUACGCAUUGGCUGGUGCGAGUUCACCCACGAGAGCUAUGACCAAAAAUACAGUAAAUGUUUGGAGUGGCCGCCUUCCCUGCAGCAUUGAUGUUCCGCGGAACUGAGUAUGAGGUUUUGUAGCUGGCCUCAUCCACUACCGUUCCACAUAUAAAUGAACCCAUUGUGUUGCAAGCCUUGGAAAAAAAGUUGGUGCCGAAUUGAAGAUUUUGUCCUUCUUUCUGGGGGCCCAACUUCUGGAACAGUUCUACGGCAGUCAUUUUUUAUCAUCCAUUAUAGUUUUACUGCAUCAUUAGAAAUACGCUUCGCUAUUUCGCGAAUACAUAUCGUUCGAACAGAUCAAGUGUUAGUAAUAUCAAGAGAAAAAUUAUUAAAUCUUUAUCGUGUGUAUAGCGCUCGAUCUCAGGGCUCCGCAACAGUAAUUAGUUUUUUAAUCGGACCAACAUUUCCUACGUGAUAGGAGUUUAUAAACCCGUUUGCUCUCACUUGAUCAUAUGGUUUUUCCAAACAUUUAAUGUAUUUUGGUCAUAGUUCUCGUGGAUGUACACGCACCAGUCAGUGCCUUUAGGUUUUUCCAAGGCACCAAGGUUAGUACGACAUUACAAUAAUUUAAAAUAAUUAUUUCUUGAGUUAUUACCGAAAAAAUGUUUUCGGGACCCUCUGACAUGCCCUCACUUUUGAGAGCUUUUCACAGAAAAAAAAUGUUUGUUCGAAAAAAUGAAAGAUACGUGUUUGCUAGAAUUGAAAGAUGAAUCUAACGAGCUAUCAUUCAUUAAAAUCGAACAAGCUUGUACCCAAAAUUAAUAAAAUCACCUGAAGUUCUGGCGAUACGUCUCGUAACAAUUACAUAAGCUGUAAUUAAUUAAAAAAAAUAAGAUGUAACAUAAAUAUUAAGAAUUAUCAAUUAUUAUCAGUCGUAUGGUUACACUACAUUUCAUUAAACGAAAAAUCAAA